AUGAAGUUGAUGGGCAAUAGAUUUGGGAUGAAUGAAAGGAAGUACUUUACUGAAAGAGGGGCAAAUAGUUACGGACAGCUUGGUCUUGGCCAUAAACAAGAUGUAUUCCUGCCCGAAGCCCUGAAGGAGUUUGCUGGUAAUCAGAAAACCCUCAGAAAUGUUGGUGGCGGAGGGGGACAUUCUUCACUUAUUACUGACACUGGAGAACUGUAUUUGUGUGGCCAGAAUAAAAACGGGCAGUUGGGACUUAAUCAUACAGAAGAUGUGAUACAUUUUACAUUAUGCUCUUCUUUAUCUGGUUGUCCUGUAGUACAAGUUGCCUGUGGUUGGGAUUUUACAAUCAUUCUUGCAGGAAAUGGCCAUGUUUUAUCCUGUGGCUCUAAUUCUUUUGGUCAACUGGGAGUUCCUCAUACUACAAGAGGAUGCUCUGUCCCACAGAAGAUAGAGUCUUUAAAGGACAAUGUGGUGAAUGUUGCAGCUGGACUCAGGCAUGCACUAGCUGCCACAGAGAAUGGUUCGGUGUUCCAGUGGGGAACCGGUAUGGUGUCUCAUGCAAAGCGAGCGUGUCAAGGAAAAACCAUUCCCCCUUUCUUGAGAGCAAAGGAACCUUGCAAAGUUACAGGCCUUGAAAACAUCCAAGUGAAGAAUGUUACUUCUGGGUCAUAUCACGCUGCAUCACUUACAGCUAAAGGAGAGUUAUAUGUUUGGGGGAGCAACAAACACAAGCAGCUAGUGAGCAAAGAUGAUUUCGUUUUGAGGCCUCAGAAGAUAGACGCUCACUAUUUCUUGGGCGAAAAGGUUAGAAGAGUCUGGAGUGGAUGGACGCACCUGGUGGCACAAACAGAGACGGGGAAGACCUUUACCUGGGGUAGAGGAGACUAUGGUCAACUUGGCAGGAAUGGGAUGCUGUGUGAGGGUCAAAGCCAGGAUGAGAAGCAAUCAACUGAAUUCCUUUCCAAAGAGCCCCUCACUGUUCCUGUUACAGUGCCCAGCCUGACUGGAGCAUCUGAGAUUGCAUGUGGUUCCGAGCACAAUCUAGCAAUAGUCGGUGGUCAAUGUUUCUCCUGGGGUUGGAAUGAACAUGGGAUGUGUGGCAAUGGAACAGAAGCAAACAUUUGUUCUCCUGAGCCAAUUGGUGCUCUUAGUUCUGGAAAGCUGCUUUUAAUUGGAUGUGGAGCUGGACAUUCCAUGGCCUAUUGCUAUUUUCCAGGCUAG